AUGAAUAUUGCAGUGAACAAUGCGGAAGAGAAAGCUGUCCAUUCCUGGUCCAGAAUUUCCUCUGCAGGACAGAAAGUGCUGGAGGAAGCCCUGCGAGUCUUCAACCCCAUGUCCAAGGACCUUUCGGACACAGAGACCCAGCUGGUGGCCUUCAUCCAGGGCCUGAAGGAGGAGGGCUAUCAGCCCACAAUUCUGAGAAGCAAGGAUGUGUAUGGGUACAGCUCAUGCACGGCAGACACGCCGAGCCCAAGGGAACAGAGUACCCUGCAGCGCUGCGCCAGCGCCGAGGCCGCUCGGAGCACAGCAGCCGUGGCCAAGGGGGACCCUUCACCCACCAGCCUUUCGGGGAACUCCCUGAAAGUCCCCACUCAGCCCAUCUCCAUAGGGGAUUCCACCAAUCUCCUCUUGAGCUCCUUGAAGCAGACAAGGUCUGGCACAUCCAAGGCUGCGGCAGUGGGUUUCCCUGCGGGCAUGUAUCCUGAUGUGUACCCAGCCAUGGGACUGUCGGUGGUCCUGGAUGCUCUGGUGCCGCUGAAAACAACCACGUCCUGUUUGGAGUCCAAGUACACACGAGGGCGUCUUGGAAUCUCAGCCUCGGACCUUAAACUCCUCAAGGCUUCCAAUCCACCCAGGCAGUUUUCUUCAGGCAAGACCACUAAAAUAACAGAAGGUAAGGGGUACAAGCGUUUGAUAAAGACAGCACCGGAUCCUGCCACCCUAGCUUUAAACCUUCUGAAGGGACCAAAGGGUGGGGUGCUGCAGGAGAGCAAUGCCUGCAAAGCCUCAGGAGUCCUCAAUGGGAGAGUCACAGGCAGCUCCUCUCAGGGCUGUGCCACAGCUCCACAGUCCAAGACCUUGAAAAUUAUAGAUAAGGCACCUCUGGUGAGAAAAACAGAGUGGAAAGGCAGCAGCACUUACCGGGAGAGUAUUGGGCAGAAGAGGAGAGGAGCUACAGAGGUAAGAGAAGCACCACAGAGGAAGAAAGCAAAUACCAUUCCUGCCCGAAACAAAUCUCGACAGGCUCAGAGCACUUUGAACCUGCUGAAAUUCCGGGCCAUCAAGGUGGGCAGCUCUUCUUCUGAUGAUGAAGUGAGGAGGAGAGCACAGAAGAUUCUUAGAGUCAACCUAUCCCCUGUGAUCCGGAUUCAGCCCUUGUCCCACUCUCACAACGUUCCCUGA